AUAUGGAUAACAAAUUAUUAAUGGAAACUUUGAUCUAAGAGGCAAAAGUUUGGUGUGUUGGUCGUGAUUGUGAUUCCAUUAAAGCACUAUUUCGUGUUGAUGACGGAACUUCCAUCAUGAUGUAUGUAUCCAUCCAUUUCCACGAUCUUGUAAAAUAUCUAACUCCACUUUCCCAAUACAAUCAAACAAUGUUCUUAUUACAACCCAUUUUCUUCUGAAAUCGAUCCAAAGCUGUGCAAUACGGAAAGGAUUUAUCAUCUAUGUCAAGAAAUGCGGAAGCUCCUGAGGCUCAAAUCGAUGUUGGAGAUCUGAAUUUGAACUGCAAUGUACACGACACAUUCGUUGCUGCUUCAUCGGUUUUGUUUGUUUUGUAUCUCGCUUUGAAAGCUAAGAAGAAUAUCAAUAGCCUCUGUAAUGGUGGUUCUUAUAUUAUUGCUUCCUAUUAUGCCCUUCUUUGGAUUGUUACCCUUUUGAACCUUGCCUGGUCUUUUCUUCAGGCAUGGCAGUGCUCUCCUGGAAAGGAGUUGGCAUGGAAUGCGUUGACAUUGUUUACGACAUCAGGUAUGCUGUAUCUAGAGAUAAGCUUGAUGGCUUUCUUACUAAAUGUCAACUACAUGAAUGGCAUGGAAGCUCAAGCUCUAGUACAUACUUCCAUUGUAUCAGGAAUUAUUGUCUUGGUGGAUACCCUUCUUAAGGCAAUAUAUGUUUUUGGAUUUGGGGUCCCAUUGUUCAAUCGCAAUGUUGGAAGCACUCAUACAAUCAAGUGGGGUUUGUGGACAGUACAUAAGUUAUUGCUUGCUGCAGCAUAUGGCUUCAUUUUAUUUGAACAUUUCUCUAAAUGGAGAGAAAAACUGCCUCCAAGGCCAACAUUCUACAACUAUGUCGUCGUAAUGUUUAUAUUUAGUGCAAUUACUUUGUUUGCUUGUGGGUUGGCGGGAAUUGGUGCUGGCCUCGGCAAUUGGUUGUAUGAUUUUACUGUACUAUGUUAUCACUCUUUAUAUCUUCCAUUUCUUUAUGCAACUUUUCUGGCAGAUUUUUUCCAAGAGGAAGACUUUCUUUUGGACAACGCAUAUUAUUCUGAGAUGAAAGAUGCUGGAUUCUUUGAUGCUGAGUGGGAAUAAUUCCCAUACUAUUUUUAUAUGGAAGGGAAAUAGACCUUUAGCUCUGUGCACUGUAAAUAUGUAUACUUCAUUAUUCCUAACCAAGUCAAAUGAAAGUAUGAUCCAUCAACAUCUUAAUGAAAUGUUGCAUCUGUAUGACACUGUGACCCUACUGUGAAAUACUGCUAAUGAAACAAUGCUUUUAAAAUCCA